UGCGCGGCUCUGUGGCGUCACGGCGCCGACACCCCGCCCCAAGUGCCUCGCAGCCAGACACCGCGCAGUCGGACGUCUUGACUUGUGACGUCGGGCGGUCGGGGGCUGAGCCUCAUAUUUGUAACUCCAGUAUGGUAUCCCGGAGAAGCUGCGUCGGACACCGGGCUCGAAACUCUUCCCGUUCUGCCUGCGGAUGAGCCCGGCCCGGGUCCUGGGCCAGCGCGGUUCUGACCCUGGGUCCACUUUCCCGCGCAUUCUCGCCCGCUGCGCCACCGGCUGCAUCCCGGGAUGCCGGGUGUCUCCGCCCGGGGCCUCUCUCCGGAGGAGAGGAGGCAGCUAGCCGUGAACCUCACCCGUGUCCUGGCACUCUACCGUUCCAUCCUGGAUGCCUACAUCAUCUUUAAUCUGCAAAGUGGAUCUCUAUCUGAAGGAUCAUUGUAAAGAACAAAGGAGAUAAUGUGUAAACAGCACAUCCAUUGAGUUGUGAAGACCCCAAACCAGAAACCAUCCUUGAUUCAGCUCUUAAUUGAUCCACAAUCUAAUACUUCAAGUUCUCUACUUUCAGAAUAGAUUCUAAAUUAAUUGUUUUCUUCCAUAUCCAUUGCUGUCAUCCCGAAAGCCACCAUCUCUCUCCGAAACUACUUCCUAAUGUCUCUCUGUAUUUACUUCUGCUCCUCCAUAACCAGCUCUUCACUGAAGGAGCCUUUCAAAUGAAUUUUUCACAGAUAACUUGUGGGGCACACUCCCUUGCUCAUGGCAGGAAGCGCUGGAUGGACUGAACCCACCACAGCUGGCCACACUGCUACUGGGGAUGCCUGGGGAAGGGGAGGUGGUCAGGUACAGGUCGGUGUGGCCACUCACCCUGCUGGCCCUGAAGUCCACAGCCUAUGCCCUGGCCUUUACCCGGACGCCUGGCUUUCAAACCCCCUCAGAGUUCCUGGAGAACCCCAGCCAGAGCUCCCGACUGACAGCCCCCUUCCGGAAACACGUCAGGCCCAAGAAGCAGCAUGAGAUUCGGAGACUGGGAGAGUUGGUAAAGAAGCUGAGUGAUCUCACAGGAUGCACCCAGGUUGUGGACGUGGGCUCAGGCCAGGGCCACCUCUCCCGCUUCAUGUCUCUGGGGCUGGGACUAAAGGUGAAGAGCAUUGAAGGGAAUCCGAGACUGGUGGAGAGAGCCCAGCGCCUGGACCAGGAACUCCUUCAGGCUCUAGAAAAAGAGGAGAAGAAGAACCCACAGGUGGCCCAAACAGGCCCUCGCCACUCCCCUUACCACGUGGUCCAAUGGGUGGACCCCACAGCCCUGUGUGGGGAGCUUCUGCUUCCGCUGGACAGCUCACAGUGUGGCAGUGCCCGCCUGCUGCUGACGGGCCUCCACGCCUGCGGGGAUCUGAGUGUGGCCUUGCUGAGGCACUUCUGCUGCUGCCCGGAGGUGGUGGCCCUGGCCUCUGUAGGCUGCUGCUACAUGAAGCUUAGUGACCCUGGAGGCUACCCACUGAGUCAGUGGGUGGCUGGGCUGCCUGGCUAUGAACUGCCCUACAGGCUCCGGGAGGGGGCCUGCCAUGCCCUGGAGGAGUAUGCCAAGCGGCUACAGAAAGCUGGCCCUGGCCUCCGAACCCACUGCUACCGAGCAGCACUGGAGAUGGUCAUCCGACGUGCCCGGCCUGAGCUCCGUCGGCCUGGGGUGCAGGGGAUCCCCAGGGUCCACGAGCUCAAGAUCGAAGAAUAUGUGCGGCGUGGGCUACAGCGAGUGGGACUGGAUCCCCAUCUGCCGCUGAACCUGGCGACCCUCCGGGCCCACCAGGCCCAGGAGAACCGUGUGGUGGCCUUCUUCAGCCUGGCACUUCUUCUGGCCCCGCUGGUAGAGACGCUGAUUCUGCUGGACCGGCUGCUCUACCUUCAGGAGCAGGGCUUCCAUGCUGAGCUCCUGCCCAUUUUCAGCCCAGAGCUGUCUCCUAGAAACCUGGUUCUGGUGGCCACCAAGAUGCCCCUGGGCCAGGCCUUCUCUGCCCUGGAGACUGAAGACAGCUGACAAACCCUGAGACAGACCCCUUCUGAAACCCCAUGGGUGCACAGCAGCCUGCGUCCUCCCUGGGAUCCCAGCUGUCUACCAACUUCGUUUCAUACUCUCUCUCCAUCCAUGUUAUGUAAUAUUGUGUGAAGUUUUAUUGUUAAUUUAUUAAAAACUGGGCUGGGGGUGUGGCUCAGUGGCAGAGCACUUGCCUAGCAUGUGGGAGGCCCUGGGAAUGAUCCCUGGCAUUGAAACAAAUCAAUAAAGAAAAACAUUUAAAAACAA